AUGGGAGAUGAUAUUACAUAUUAUAGUGGAGGAGCUGUUGUUGGAAUGGCGGGGAAAGGAUGUGUUGCAAUUGCCGCAGAUAAUCGAUAUGGAUUAAAAUAUCAAUUUGCUUCCGCUAAUUUUCAUAAAGUAUUUCAAGUAAAUAAAUAUUGUUUAUUUGGAGGAGCAGGAUUAUUUUCUGAUGUACAAACAAUGGCUGAAAAAGUAAAAUAUCAUGCAAAUUUAUAUCGGUUAAGAGAAGGACAUGACAUUGGACCAGAACAAUUAUUAAAUUCAACUGCUCAUAUGUUAUAUAAAAAAAGAUUCCAGCCAUAUUAUAUGUCACCUAUCAUUGCUGGUAUUGAUGAUAAUGGAAAUUCUUAUGUGUGCAGUUAUGAUUAUAUUGGUUCUCCUGAAAUUUCACGAGUUGGUUGUGUUGGUACCGGAAGUAAUGAACUAAUGGGAAUGUGUGAUUCUUUCUAUAAAGAAGGCAUGGAACCUGAAGAGUUAGUAGAAGCUGUUGGUCAAUGUCUUCUUGCAGCAGAAAAUAGAGAUGCAUUUUCUGGAUGGGGUGUAGAAGUUUAUUUAUUGACUCGUGAUAAUUUGACAAUUUACAAUAUGAAACCAAGACAAGACUAA